AUGCAAAAUUAAUAAUUUUGUGAGGGAAGAAAAAUAGACUUGGGUUGGUUAACAGAUGCUAAGGAUGAUUAUUAGACACUUCUAAUUAAAUCUUUUAGAUAAUAAUUUAAAGAAGAACAAUAGAAUGUUGCUAAUAAGGAACUAAUUACAGAUGAAAUGAUUAUGACUCUUUGUUUAAGCAUAGAUUAAAAGAAAGAAGAAUUAGUAAUGUAAAAGAAGAGUAGUGUCACAGGUGGUUAUUUAGAUAGAUUAGUAAGAUUUGACAAGCAUAUACUUUAAUAACUUAAGGAUCAUAAGCCUGUAAAAUCAUUCCCUCUUUAUUAAAAAGUAUAUGUUGAAACCAAAGCUGCUGAUUAAAAGACUUGGUUUAAUAAAAAUGGUGAUAUGGCAAGAUUAUUAUUAGAAUUUGAAAAAGGUCAUUCUGGUGUUUACAUAUACAGAAAAGAUAAAAAUUAAGCAAUUAAAUGGUAAAGGUAUUUGAUAGUUGAAAAAUUAUUGUAAGUGAAACCAAAAUUAGUUGCAAGAUGUUUUGAAUAUUGUUAUUAGGAAUAUGAAGAUAAAUUUAUAUCUACUUGGUCAUUACAAUUUGCUUAACUUUUAGGAACUUAUACAACAUAAAUGAAUCAAAUGAAAAAGUAAACAGCAAAAUUAGAUGAAAACUUUUUGAUUUCAUUAGAUAGAUAAGUAAUGAAUUAUCAUAUAAAAAAAUGGUAAGCAAAGAGUGAGAAAUAAUAUAAAGAUGAAUAAGAUUAAUAAGAGAAAUUGAAAUUAUUAUCAUUAAAAGAAUAAGAAUAAUUGAAAGCUACUGAAAAAUAAAGAGAAUUAGAAAGAUAAGCAAAAGAAAAGAGAAGAUUAGAGUUACUAGAAUAGAUGGUAACUUAUUUAAGACCAAAAAAUUAAGAGAUUAAACGAUUUUAUAAAUAUUGGUAGGAUAGAGCAAUACAUAUUCAUCAUAAUAAUCCAAAGAAAUUUUCUAUAAAAUUUAUUAGUAUGUAUAUGUAAAGUAAUACAUAAUUAAUAAGACCAUAAUUAGAAGUAAGAUUUGUAUCAGAAGUAUCAUUAUAAAAAUUUAUAAUAGAGGACAGAGAAUACUAAAGAUAUUGAAAAUUAAAAACUAUUAGAUGGUUUACAAUAUAAUAUUGAUUUAAAUCCUUAUUUUACAACUCGUUUACUAACUUAGAUGAGUUAAUAAAGAAGAAGAGAUUAUACAAAUUGGAUUUUUAAAGAUGGUUUACUUGGAUUGUGUGGUAAUACAUAAAUAACAAUUGAGAAUUUAGGAUUCAAAGAUUUUUUAGAUCUUUAAGUUAUAGAUACAAUAAGUAUAUAUAAUAUAAUUAUUAUAUAAGAAACUAAUACAGCUUCAAAAGUUCUUAGAAUAUAAUUAUAGGAUUUAGUAUAAUUUCUUUAUGAAGGUCGAUCAUUUUGGGUCUAAUUAGAAUUCGGGCCUUCAAAAAUCUUUGUUGAAAUGGAUGUACUUGAACAUUCAAAUAUAGAUCCUAUUUUCUUAGAUAGAUUAAAAUUCAUUCAAUUGAAUAGUAUUCUUAGAAAAAUAAUUGUAAAAAUGAUAGAACAAAGAACUCCAGUAAUUAAAUCUUAUUCUAAUGUUAGACUCCAAUAGUAGAAACUGUUAGAUAUAGUUUGGAAGUUGAGAGAUAUAGUGAAGAAAUUCAAAAUCUAUAUUAACGAUUUUAUAUAGAGAAUAUUUGUUUAUAGCCUCAUUGUUUUCCAACAGGUUGGUUUCAAUCUUUAGAUGGAAUGGAUAGAGUUGUUAAACCUAUCACAGGAAUUUUGAAAAGAAAUUUCUAAGAAUUUGUAGAUAAUGGAGAAAAUGUGAAAAUUUAUCAACAAUUAAAAUAAAUUCAAAAUUUAAAUCUACCUUUAGAAAAAGAUGUUAUUGAUUUUAUGAGCAAAUUAACUGUUAUUUAAGCAAAUUAACAUAAAUAAUGUCAAGACAUGUUAACAACUUUUUUGAUUUAUUGUAAUGUUAGAGGAAUAUAAUUAAAUGUUUCAAUACUAAAUACAUUAUUUACAAUAGCUAGUAAAUUCAUUUGUAUUAGUUAUUGUCAUUUUUUUUAUAAAUUAUCAAAUCCUGUUUUUGGUAAUAAAUUUGAGUCAGAAGCUCAAGCUUUUUGGCUUUUUGUUUCAUUUUUAGAUUUAAUGAGAAACAUUCAUUAUCCAAUAACAAAAGAUGAUGCUGUAUUUUCUCCUUAAGAGAUAGUACUUUAAUUUUUGGAAUAUCAACAUAAUAAUCUGAUUAAACAUUGUAAAGUUUAUGAUAUUGCAAUUGAGAAUAUAAUUUAUGAAAUAUUAAUUAGUUUUUACACUAAUAUUGUUUAAUCUUUGCCAUUAUAUAAUAUUUGGAGUUUAAUAAUAAGAAAGAUAUCAACAAAUAAAUAUGUUUAUCUUAUAGUUUUGAUAGUAUUUAUAGAGGAAUUAGGUGAUAAAUUAUUGCUUUGUUAAAAUACAUAGGAUUUUAAAAAUGCCCUUUCAUUACAAGGUAAUAAUAAAUGAAUGAGAGAUUUUAGCUUAGCUUAUGGAUAUUCUUUAAUUAGAAGCCACUUAUUCAAGUUGUGAAUCCACUUUAAAUAGAAUACUAAGUUCUGAUUAAUCAAUACCUUAAUCAAUUGAGCACUCUAAUAUACAUGAACCUUUGAUAUAGGAUCAAUGA